AUGGCGGAGCUCACUUGCCUCUCCCAGUCGUCUCCUCUCACUCUCCGCCUUCGCACCGCCGCCAUCCCCUCCUCGCACUCUCCUCUGCGACGAGCCACACCAAAGCCAUUCGUCGCAGCCUUGGCGAACGAUCAAGAUGAUGCACCGUCUGCGUCAUCUGCAGCUGCCAGUUCAGCGUUCGCCAUUCCCGCCGUGACACACGUUACACCCGUCACGCGUCGCGCGGUCGUAGCGCUCCCGGCCAUGGCAGCUCUCGCCGCCUCGCUCGCCGCCGGCCCAGCGAAUGCACUCAUUCCCACCACCGCCGUCGCUGGCCGCGUUCCGGGGCUCUCCGAACCCGACGAAAACGGGUGGCGCACGUACAAGCGGCCGGCGAGCAAGUCCGGCGGGCACGGCGUGGGGUGGAGCGAGCUCAUCCCGUACACCUUCACUGUGCCGGAGACCUGGGAGGAGACGCCGGUGUCGAUCGCCGAUCUGGGCGGCACGGAGAUCGACCUGCGGUUCGCGAGCAAGCAGCAGGGCAAGCUGUUCAUCGUCGUCGCACCCGUGCUGCGAUUCGCUGACGGGCUGGGCGACGACGUGCGAAUCGAGAGCGUGGGCGACCCGGAGCGCGUGAUCACCGCGUUCGGCCCGGAAAUCACGGGCGAGAACGUGGAGGGGCGCGUGAACGACACGAAGGUGGUGUCUAAGGGCGGGCGGACGUACUACGAGUAUGACGUUGACCCGCAUAUCCUCGUGUCCGCCACAGCUGCUGGCAACCGCAUGUACAUCAUGGGCGUCGCUGCUUCUGGUCGGCAAUGGAAGAAGUACUCGAGUGACAUCAAGCAGAUCCUCUCCUCCUUCCGCGUUGGAUAG